UGCACGUUUCACUCCCUUUGAUGUUUAGCAAAGCCUGUUUUCCUUCCGUUCAUGUGCCACAAAGACAUUUUUAUAUUUGCAUGCAUAUAAAUGAGUGCUCUGCAGUUCCCAAACUUCUUUUCUAGACGCUCCUCUUCUUGUUUCAUCAAAGUUCUCAGCAACAUUUUCCCUCAGCAUGCGGGCAGACGUGUGAUCUGAUGUGUUGGUGGAAACAGUCUUCCCUUUGGUCUCCGUGACAACAGACGUAUGAAUUGGAUGAUCUGUGAAACAAGAAACCGUCUAUGACAGAAACAUCAGACGCAGUCUCGAUGCAAACACUCCAUCUCAGGGCUGGAACCAUGGAGUCGUCGUCCGAUGAAGAGGAGGCGCGCACAUUCGUCCAAGUCAUCAGUGAGAAGUACAACCCAGAGAAUUUCCCCUACGGCCAGGGGGUAGUGGUUCUGUCCAGCCCGCCAGGUUCCCCCGUCAAAGAUCGCCUGUUCUUGCCCAGCACACUCGUUCUGGAUCACAGUGGAAUGACUAAAGCCGGCGACAGUUCAGACAUCGCAGCCUUCUGUGGCCAUGUGGUGGAGCUGGACUUGUCCCACAAUCAGCUCAGUGACUGGGUCGAGAUCUGCACCAUUGUCUCCAACGUCCCCCGCCUGAACUUCCUCAAUCUGAGCACCAACCCCCUGGGCGGCGUCGAGCUGGAGCCCAGCAUGGCUGACGUUUUCUCCAGGGUCCGAGAACUGGUCCUCAUUAACACGCACGUCAGCUGGAACACCGUGCACACGCUCACACAGCAUAUGCCAGAGCUGGAGGAGCUUUUCCUGUGCCUGAACGACUACAGCACCGUGUCAGAGUCCCACGCCGUCUGUCCAUCUCUACGCCUGCUGCAGAUCGCAGACAACCAGCUGCAUGAAUGGGCGGAAGUGAGGAAGUUUGGGAUGAUGUACCCGAGCCUGAGCACACUGGUGCUGGCCAAUAAUAGUCUGGACUCUGUGGGUGACACUCAGGAAACGCUGCAGCGCCUCUUCCCCAACCUGCGCAGCAUCAACCUCAACAACUCAGGGCUUAGUAAAUGGGAGGACAUUGAAAGGCUGAAUUUCCUCCCUAAGCUGGAGGAAGUCAAAGCAAAGGGGAUCCCUUUAUUGCAGCCUUACACCACCCACGAGAGACGUAGCCUCGUUUUAGCUCAGCUGCCGUCCGUCGUGGUGUUGAAUGGGGGUGCAGUGUCUCAUGGAGAGAGAGAGGAUGCUGAGAGGUUCUUCAUCAGGUACUACCAGGACUGGCCAGAGCAGGAGCUUCCUCAGAGGUACCACAUCCUUGUAUCCAAGUAUGGUCACCUGGCCCCGCUGGCAGAGGUGGACCUGAGCCCCCGCAGCACCCUGGUGGACGUCCGCUGGGGCGAGCGGGUGGAGUCCGUCAGCCUCCGUCUGGAGCAGACGGUGGGAGACCUGAAGAAACAACUUAAAGCUCUGCUGCAGCUGCCCACCAAUGGGAUCCGGCUCUUCUACAUCAACCGGGAGAUGUGUUCCGUCUUUGGACCUGAGGAGUUGAAGUGUGGCUGCCGAGCCCUCCACUCCUACAGCAUUCGAGAUGGGGAUGAGAUUCUAGUGGUGCCCAAAGUCAAAAGCCGCUGCAGUUCCUCAGAUCUUUGAGCCGGGAGGCUCAGUGGUUUUGUAUGAUUGGGACAGGGAUUUUGGAAAAUGAACACUGACCGGAUACCAAGCUUUGACUUAAGCCUUUUUUUUUUCUUUUCUUUUUUUGGGGGAAUAAAGGUGAUAUUUUUCAGCCAUGAAUGUAAACAAGUUUGCUGUCCACCAUAUUGAACAAAAUGAUACAGUAGUAUUGCACACAGGAGUUCCACAUUCACAAAGAUUGUAUUUUGACUCGCACACGUCUGUGCUUAAGUUGUUCCAGCGAGGACUGCAGUUUACGUCUCAUUUAUGAAAAAUGCAAAUCCAGACGUGGUGCAAAUAGGCCCAUGAAAGAAAAAAACGGCUGCCAUAAUUACCAGCUGAAUGCACAAAUUGCACAUUGAUUGUAAAAACUAAAACCAUUUUAUGAUUGGAGUGUUUGUCAGAUCAGAUCUGAGAUUUUAGCAUGAAAAACUUCCCCUUACUUGCCUGCUGGUUAGACUGCAGCACCAUGCAUGGCACUAUUUAUUUAUUUUAGUAGAAUCGGUUCCGUUGAAUCUGUUGAAAUAUCAUGGCACAAAAGCAUAAUUAAGAAACAAGAUCAGGUGGAAAUUAGGUUUGAAAAAUCCCGGUGCAUAAGUUCUGUAGUUUCACUGUCGAUUGUGUUUUUAAAAUGCUUGGUUGGCUUUUCUCCACCAUAAUGAGCAGCUCUGAUGUUCGCGCCCCAUUUUUCUGUUCACUUCCUGCUUGUAGAAGAUCGGUCUGUUUACUGCAGUCUGUGAAGUGUGUCCGUGGGCAGCAGUGAGUAUUCUUAUCUUACAUCUUACUGUGCCUGAAACAAAAGGACCAACACAGUGGACAGCAGCAGUGAACCUUAACCAUGCAGCAGCGAUUGCAGCUGAGCUCACUGAACUCUUCACAUGAUCUUUUGUUGUCUGCGUGUUGGCGGGUUUGUGCAUGCAAAUAACUUAUGCGGGCAAAACAAGAUGAAUGACUUAAAUAUGAUCAAUAUUGUCACGAUCGUACUGGUUAGAAGAGGCUUCGUUUGAAUGUUCUUUUCUGGGAACACAAGUGUGCAGUGACAGUAACGCCGAUCUUUCCUCCUGCCACUCAGAUCGCCGUCGUCUUUCCACAUGACUCUUGACAGCAGUGAGAUAUCCUAGGAUGACCCCCGAGCUGAAAUCACAAACGCAGUGUGUCGGGGAUAACGUAGAGCACAUGGCCGCAGCUCAGGCAGGACGCCGUGGCGGAAAGACGAGAUGUCUGAGGUGAGCUUGGGUCUGGGACAGAGAACAGGAGUGUUGACGCUCCGGUUACUGCUGGUCUUCUGGCUGUCCAGCCCAUGAAUGGAGCGUCUCUCCCUCCCUGCAGAGGCAGCUGAGAAACAUUGAGGCCCAGUCUGUAUGGUAACCUCACACCAGGCGCUGUGUCAUGGACACUUCCGCUGCAUUUCAGUUAGAAUGGGUUCACGCAUCAGGCUCUGGCCCCUCACCCGUUACCUCAAACCUGACACUGUCAGUGUGUGCUGUUUCACAGGAUGUGGGCUCGCAGGCUUUUCCGUUGGCUCAAAUUGGCAUUGAUUGUUUUUAAAAUCACACUGACACUGCAGAAGCUGCCCUCCACUCCACAUUUUGCUCAGUGCAUGCUGGGAGAUGCUCCAGCCUUUCUUUCACCAUAUGUGUACUGCACACGUUCAGUGGAAACAAUAUCGUGUUUGUUUGUCGGUGAAAAAAUGCUAAAAAUGAAUUAGUAAAAGCAGGCCAUUUCUUUUAGAUGUUGGAGUGCUGUGAAUGCAAAGGAGUUAAUGUUUGAAAUCGGGUUGUGUGAAGCGAGCUGUCAGGAUAAAAUGUUAAGAUACCAAGUGAAGUUUACUCUUGUGUGAAAAUGCGUCGAGGCGCCGUCGCCACGAGGCGGCCUCGCGGUCUCGUCUCCUCUGACACAAGCUUACUUUGUGUAGUAGAUAACUGGAGAUCUUUCUUUGUUUUUCUGUCUUGACUCACAUGUUAUACUUUAUUACAACUGAGUUCUUACGCGGGAUGUUGAGGGUCUCUUUCUUUCUAAAGAGGAUUGUCAAGCUGGCGACAUGCAUGUUCAGAUAUUUCUUGACAGUUCUGAUUUAAAAUGUAUAUGAGGUGUUGUCAUUUCAGGGAAACAGUGUUGUUUAUGGGCAUUUGUAAUCUUGACACCUUUGAAAUAUUAUCUGUGCACCUGUCACCCUCACCGCUUUCCUUCAGUAAUACCAAAUGCAAAGAUUAUUUACUGAUUUUAAAAGAAAUAUAAAAGAUAGUUGCUAAUCUGUGAAACAGUUUGCCUUGUGUUGUUUAGUAUAUGGUGUUUAAUUUAUAUCACUUUAGCUUUAUGUGGUUUCUUAAAUCUUCAUAUUUUCAGUGGUUUUCAGUGAGAUUAUAUGCAAUUUCUUCAUCUGUACUGUAUAAUGGUGCUUUCACUUCUCUUAAAGAAAUAAAUUCUAAUUAUUUCA